AAAUAGCAUGGGGGCAGCAGUUUCAAAAGCCCACCUGGGUGAGCUUUCCAGGCUGCAGCUCUGAUGCUGUCUUUGAAAUCUAAUGUGUAUUGAUCCCUGGGCUCCUCUUUCCCCCUGCCGGCCCUAGGAACAGACUUCAAAGGAGAGGGAAAGAGGCUGAGCCAGUGGGACAGUGUGUGGGAUUCCCAGAGGACCGCAGCCUUUGGUGGGCUGCUCUUUUCCUUUCUUCCUGAGGCCAAGCCUUUUGGACAGAGACCCCGGACGCCCUCUAGGGCUCUUGCUAAUGCUGGGAAAAGGCUGCUGGCUCCCCCAGGACAGAUCUGCCCAUGGGGGGGGGGCAGAAGGGCUGGAGCCCCCAGCCCCUUGCAGACUCCUGUUGGGGACAGAGACGGAUAUCUUCCUUCCUUUGGUUCAGGGGGCUUUCUCUGGAGGCAGUCUGAAUCCUGCCAGGUCCCUGGGCCCUGCGGUGGUGACUGGAAUCUGGGACUAUCACUGGGUGAGAAGCCCCAAGAGGCUGAGGGUGGCUUGGGCAGCAUUCACAGUCACUUGGGCUAUGCAGAGACUCAGAGCUGGAAGGCACGUCUGUCCUUCCGUCUCGUCCAGUGCUCCCUGAUCCCAUUUAGGAUUUUCUCUGUAAAGAUCCUGGUUUGGGAGGCAGCCAGGCCUAGAGGCAGGAGGUCCUGGGUUCAAAUGUGACUUCAGACCCUUCCUAGCUGUGUGAGCCUGGGCCAGUCACUUAGGCCAAUCAGUCCGCAGCCCUUUCUCUUUUCUGCCCAAGACGGAAGGUGAGGCUUUCAAAGAAGAAAGUCUGGGUUUCUAGCUAGUGGAGGCUGGGGGUGCAGAGAGGGCAUCGACCGGCUUCACAUCCCCCCUGAUGCCGGGCCUCUCCCCACCGCAGGUGUACUGGAUGGGCCCCACCGUGGGGGCCCUCCUUGCCGGCCUCUCCUUUGAGUUCCUCCUCUCCUCGGGAGCUUCUCGGAGAAGGCUGGCGGUGUGUGGGCCGCGUGGGGCUGUGGGCAUGGUGGAGGCUGUCCAUGUGUCUCAGUCCUCUGUGUCCAGCAGCGCUCCCCAAGGCCCGCCCCGAGCCUGAGCCAGGCUCCAUCCUGGUCUGAGUUGCCUCUGUCUAGGCCACUUCUGGAUCCUCAACAGCCUGCUCUCGUCAAUUGCCCUCGUCAGUUGCCCUUGUUGAUUUCCGGUCCUCCAUUCAGUGCUAGUGAAGGCUUGACUUGGGCUGAUUUUAGGCCCAAAGACAACAUCUCCCUCUGGUGCCCCCAGGAAGGCCCCCACUGGGCUCUUACACCCCCCACUCCACAGGGCACCGCAGGGUUCAAGAGGCCAGGUUGGGGCUUGGAACAGAGGGGGCAGAGGGACACCAGGGCUCAGAGAAAGCCCCAACGCAGCAAAAAUCAUUCUGUCCCAGGCCUGCAGGGCUCACGGCUGCCAGCCCCAGCCAGCCAAUAGCAGUGGCUCCCCUAAUCCUCUCGGAUGGGCAGCGGUCUCCUUUGCCCACCCUCCUGCCAUCCCCCAAUUCCCGAGUGCCCUGAGCCCCCAGGGGCGCUCCCUGAGCCGGACCUUCAUACCCCAAGCAGCCUUCCGCUGGUUCUUCUGGGCUUCAAAUCAAGUCGCUGCCCCCCCCUUCCCAGAAUGCCCCCAAAUCCCAGGCCUUCCCUGCGGGCUGUCCAUUUCUCAGGCUGGAGGGGGCUGGGGUGGGGCGCGGGAGGGGGAGGGGGAGAGAAGCGGCUUUAUAGGUGAGGUCUGUGGGCCGGCUCUCCUCAGCAGCGACAGGGUUAAGAGGCCGGGCCAGCAGCCUUUUGUCUGCCCCUCCCGGCGGAUUAGGGGCUCUUCUAUAAAGGAAGCUGUCCAGUGGGGCCAGGCCAGGGGGGCAGCAGGGACCCAGGCACUGCGUCCAUCUCCCCUGUUCCCCCCACCGCCCCCUUGCCAUGUGGGAGCUCCGCUCAGCCUCCUUCUGGAGGGCCAUCUUUGCUGAGUUUUUCGCCACCCUCUUUUAUGUCUUCUUUGGGCUGGGGGCCUCGCUGCGCUGGGCGCCCGGCCCGGUCCACGUCCUGCAGGUGUCCGUGGCCUUCGGACUAGCCCUGGCCACGCUGGUGCAGGCCGUAGGCCAUGUCAGCGGAGCCCAUGUCAACCCAGCAGUCACCUUCGCCUUCCUGGUGGGCUCCCAGAUGUCCCUGCUGCGCGCCCUCUGCUACAUGGUAGCGCAGUUGCUGGGGGCCGUAGCCGGGGCCGCCGUGCUGUACAGCGUCACCCCCCCAGCUGUCCGCGGGAACCUGGCGCUCAACACGCUGCACCCCGGGGUGAGCGUGGGUCAGGCCACUAUCGUGGAGAUCUUCUUGACCCUUCAGUUUGUGCUCUGCAUCUUUGCCACGUUUGAUGAGAGGAGGAAUGGACGCUUGGGGUCCGUGGCAUUAGCUAUUGGUGUCUCCCUCACCCUGGGCCACCUGUUUGGGAUGUAUUACACGGGUGCGGGCAUGAACCCUGCUCGAUCCUUUGCUCCUGCUAUCCUCACCAGGAACUUCAGCAACCACUGGGUGUACUGGGUAGGCCCCAUCAUUGGGGGAACUCUGGGAGGCCUCCUCUAUGACUUCCUGCUUUUUCCCCGGAUCAAGAGUGUCUCAGAGAGACUGACUAUCCUCAAGGGUAUCAGGCCCAAUGACUCCGAGGGGCAGCCUGAGGUCACUGGGGAGCCUGUGGAGUUAAAGACCCAAGCCCUCUAGGGGCCCCAGUAGGCCCAAGGUGGACAAAGGCGAUUUGGUUUGGGUGGCAGGGGGCUGGCCAGGCCCCAGGGGAGUGGGGGGCAUGUACCUCUUUAUUUUUUUAUUUAUUUGUGGGGGCAAGGUGUUUGCUUUUUUGCUGUGUGAGAUCUGGUUAGUGCAGACACCCCCCCGCCCCCACCAUGCCACGGUUACUUGCUUGUGCAUAUGUAUGUGGAUGUGUGUGUGUGUGUGUGUGUAUCUGCUUGUGUUUAGGGGCAUGAAACUUGGGGGAAGGAAAGGGGGCCAGGUUUGUGUGUCACCCUAUGCUUCUCCUGCUUCUCCCCACAACCCACUCAGGGUGUGCAAAGGGUGAGGGCAGAUCGAGCACCCUAAAUUUCCCCCCUUCAUUGUACUGCCAGCUGUGUGUGACCCUUGAUUUCCAACUCUGGGUGUGGGGGGCUGGCAGAGGACCGGUGCAUUCCAAGGGAGGAACGGCUGUUAAGUUAUUGGGGGGUAGAGGAGCUCAGGAUCUCUAUGGGGGUAAGGCUGAGACUUUGCCAGGGAGAGGAAUCCCACCUAGAUUAAGUGGUGAGAUGAUAAGUGAAGACAGUGAAUUCUCCCCAACUCAGAGAGCUGGCUUGUCCAGUGGCUGGGCUGGCUACUCGGGUCCAGGACAGACUCCUCCGAUCUGGGCUUCUUUGUAAAGCAGCAUAAACCCCUCUACACAAAAUGGCUGGGUUGUGUUUUCAUUCUGGGAUGGGGCCUUGGCUAGCUUUCCACUUUGGUCAUAAUGCCUUAAACAUCUGGAACCCUCUGUUUCCCAUCUCCCCUCUCCCCUCCCCGUCCUAUGGCAAAUGGUUUCUGAAUCCCAAUACAGAAAGUCUAGGCCUUGGUCCAGGAAGGAGAUAGUAGAUUGGGAGGAGGAAGAGAAGGAAGAGGAAGAACUGGUCUAAGAAGGAGCCCUCCUCAUCUGACAUCAUCCUUCAAAUGGCAUUGUUCUUUCCCUUUUCACUUUUAUGACUCUUCUCUCUACUUCUUUUCUCUCACUUCUUUCUUUUUUGUCCUUUUUUAAAAUUUAGAAUAUUUUUCCAUGGUUACAUGAUUCAUGAUCUCCCCCCAGCUCUUUCUCCUCCCAUAGCCAACAAGCAAUUCCACUGGGUUAUCCAUGUAUCAUUGUUCAAAGCCUAUUUCCAUGUUUCCAUAUUUGCGGUAGAGUGAUCCUUUAACAUCAAAACCCUAAUCAUAAUCCUAUCAAUCUACAUGUUUGAUUAUAUAUUUCCCUCAGUUCUUUCAAUAAAACUUUUUUUUUUGC